AUGAUGACCGCCAAGGCCGUAGACAAAAUUCCAGUAACUCUCAGUGGUUUUGUGCACCAGCUGUCUGACAACAUCUACCCGGUGGACGACCUCGCCCCCACGUCGGUGACCAUCUUCCCCAAUGCUGAACUGGGAGGCCCUUUCGACCAGAUGAACGGAGUGGCUGGAGAUGGCAUGAUCAAUAUUGACAUGACUGGAGAGAAGAGGUCCUUGGAUCUCUCAUAUCCCAGCAGCUUUGCUCCCAUCUCUGCGCCCAGAAACCAGACCUUUACUUACAUGGGCAAGUUCUCCAUUGACCCUCAGUACCCCGGUGCCAGCUGCUACCCAGAAGGCAUCAUCAAUAUCGUGAGCGCGGGCAUCCUGCAAGGGGUCACCUCCCCGGCCUCCACCACAGCCUCGUCCAGCGUCACGUCUGCUUCCCCCAACCCACUGGCCACAGCCCCCCUGGGGGUGUGCAACAUGUCCCAGACCCAGCCCGACCUCGACCACCUCUACUCGCCGCCACCGCCACCACCUCCGUAUUCCUGUGGGGAGCUCUACCAGGACCCCUCGGCAGCCUUCUUGUCAGCGGCCACCACCUCCAGCUCUUCCUCCAUGGCCUACCCGCCACCUCCUUCCUACCCGUCCCCCAAGCCAGCAGCGGACCCCGGCCUCUUCCCCAUGAUCCCAGACUACCCUGGAUUUUUCUCACCCCAGUGCCAGAGGGACCUACAUGGUACAGCUGGCCCAGACCGCAAGCCUUUUCCUUGUCCCCUGGACUCCCUGCGAGUCCCCCCUCCACUCACCCCACUUUCCACCAUCCGUAACUUUACUCUGGGGGGGCCCAGCAGUGGGGCUGCCGGGCCAGGGGCCGGUGGAGGUGGCGAGGGCACCCGGAUGCCUGGCAGUAGCUCGGCAGCCGCUGUGGCAGCCGCUGCUGCUUAUAACCCCCAUCACUUGCCACUGAGGCCCAUCCUGAGGCCUCGCAAGUACCCCAACAGGCCCAGCAAGACCCCCGUGCAUGAGAGGCCCUACCCCUGCCCAGCAGAAGGCUGUGACCGGCGUUUCUCUCGCUCUGAUGAGCUCACACGACACAUCCGAAUCCACACAGGGCACAAGCCCUUCCAGUGUCGGAUCUGCAUGCGCAACUUCAGCCGCAGCGACCACCUCACCACCCACAUUCGCACCCACACUGGGGAGAAGCCCUUUGCCUGUGACUACUGCGGCCGCAAGUUUGCCAGGAGUGAUGAGAGGAAGCGCCACACCAAGAUCCACCUGCGCCAGAAGGAGCGCAAAGGCAGUGCCCCCUCAUCUUCGGUGCCAGCUGCCUCUACCACCUCCUGUAUAGGGGGUGCCCAGGCUGGGCCCUCUCUCUGUAGCAGCAACAGCAGCUCCAUGGCUGGAGGGUCCCUGGCCCCUUGCUCUUCUCGGACCCGGACACCUUGA